AUGAUGAUAAAAAUGGAAGCCGUCGUCCUCAAGCUCCCCCCUUCUGUACGAAUUUUCAAGCCCAAUCCGAAUCGUACCAACCGUACGCUCCGCACCGUAGCCUCCGCCUCGGCCGCGGCCCCCUUAUCCGCCGAUCUGCAGCUCGGACCCGGGUCGCUCGGUCAUCUCACCCGACCCGAUUUCCCCAUUCUCCGCCAGGCACACCCGUUUUGCUUCCCCUUUGAUUUUUGCACUAUUUUCCAAUUUAAUUGGAUCGUGUAUUUGGAUAACGCCGCCACGUCUCAGAAGCCGGAAGCUGUGUUGAACUCUCUGCAGAACUAUUAUGAAACUUACAAUUCGAACGUUCAUCGUGGGAUUCACUAUUUGAGCGCAAAGGCGACUGAAGAAUACGAAUUAGCAAGGCUGAAGGUGGCGAAUUUCGUGAAUGCGACUGAGUGUGGAGAGAUUGUGUUUACAAGAAAUGCUACUGAGGCCAUAAACUUGGUGGCUUACAGUUGGGGCCUAUCGAAUUUGAAGAAGGGAGAUGAGGUCAUACUUACAGUAGCCGAACAUCACAGUGCCAUUGUUCCUUGGCAAAUUGUAGCUCAAAGGACAGGUGCAGUUUUAAAGUUUGUAAGUUUAACAGAAGAAGAAGUUCCAGACAUAGAGAAGUUGAGAGAAACAAUCUCAAGUCGGACAAAACUUAUUGUUGUUCACCACGUCUCGAAUGUACUUGGUGAGUCAAAAGCUUCUGUUCUUCCAAUCGAACAAAUUGUAAGUUGGGCACAUGAAAUUGGCUCGAAAGUGCUUGUCGAUGCUUGUCAAAGUGUUCCUCAUAUGGUGGUUGAUGUGAAGAGACUUGAUGCUGAUUUCCUUGUUGCUUCUUCCCAUAAGAUGUGUGGGCCUACAGGCAUCGGUUUUUUAUACGGUAAAAGUGAGCUCUUAUCUGCCAUGCCUCCUUUCUUGGGUGGUGGUGAAAUGAUAUCCGAAGUUUUUUUGGAACACUCAACCUAUGCAGAACCUCCGUCAAGAUUUGAAGCUGGAACACCUGCUAUUGGAGAAGCCAUUGGAUUGGGGGCAACGAUUGAUUAUUUAUUAGGCAUUGGAAUGGAAAAAAUUCAUGCUUAUGAGAUUGAGCUAGCAAACUACUUAUACAGUAGACUCGAUUCACUACCCGGAGUUCGUGUCUAUGGCCCACCGCCUUCAAAAACAGUGAAAAGAGCUGCUCUUUGUUCGUUCAAUGUGGAAAACAUUCAUCCAACAGAUAUAGCAACUUUUCUCGAUCAACAGCAUAGUGUGGCGAUUAGGUCCGGCCAUCAUUGUGCUCAGCCCCUUCACCGUUAUUUGGGAGUGAACUCGAGUGCUCGGGUGAGCCUUUAUUUUUACAACACGAAAGAGGAUGUCGAUUAUUUCGUUAAAGCUCUCGAGGACACUAUCGACUUUUUCGGGUCUUUUAAGUGAGUGAGUGUGUGAAAGGCUUUGAGUUUUUGUUUCUUUUUUUCUUUCUUUUUACUCAAUUUUAGUCGUUACAUUUUCUUCUAUCUAUCAUCAUUUUUUUCAACUUAUAUUUUUAAAUCAAAUCAAUUGUGACUAAUACACUUAUUUUUUUUUAUCUUAAUCAUACUUCUCAAAUUAUUUAUCUUCUUCCCAUUAUUUUUUUUUCUCUAUAAUGGAGAUAAUAUGCCAAAAGUGAAAAUUUUCAUUAAGUACUAUUUCAUGCUAUUUGAAUCAAGAUUAUCGUGUAACUCGUGCUUGUUUGGUC